AUGAAGAGUUAUUACACUAAUUCUACACUAGAAAUAAUUUUUAUUCAGCAAUUGGAGAAGUUUCCAAGAUAUGCAACAUUCUUCGAGUAUCCUGGACACUUAUGUGCCAUAGAAGAUAUUACUCGCCAGUACAAGAAACCAAAAGAAUUUUCUGAAAUACUUAAAAUUAAAAAACCAUAUUGCGUUUAUGCGGACAUAGCUGGUAAGAAUCUCUUGACAUGCAAAGAUCACUUCAAAAUUGGUGAUAUCGACUUCAAAUCAGAUUAUAAUUACACAUACAAACCAAAAAAGGCUUGCUUUUCACAAAAAUUAACUUCAGAUGUUCCAUGCACAGAUGAUAAAUCCGAAAAUACUACAUUAAGAGUUAAUUAUGUUUGUGAUACUCAAGAAUAUGAUAUUAUGUCACUUAACACCGAGCAUAAGUGCCAUUAUGUAUUGAGGAUGUCUGUCAAAAGAAUGUGCAAGUAUAAUCAUAAGUAUUUUGUCGAUGAUCCAUCCGCUUCAGACUACCCUCGAAUUAACAAAAGAAAUAUAUACUGCAUUGAAGAAAAACGCGUUACAAAUGAAUUUAAGAAGUCUAUAACAAUUGAACCCAUUGACAAUUACACUAUUUAA